UUCGAGCAUGUGUGAAAGAGAUCUAGCGCAACACGCGUGUAAGGGUAACUAAAACUGUUGCCGUCUGAUUUUUAAAAUGGAAUCGUAUGAAGUGUCUACAUGGGACACUAAGAAUUCACUUAGCAAGCUGUGUCGGCUGAAUAAGGCUUGUGGCAAUAAACUUCAAAAGUUUCUACCGAAACAGAUAUGGUCCAAAAGUGACAGGGAGGAUGUGCUUGAAGCUCUGGCAGAGCUGUUUUUGUCUGGGGAUGCAGUUGUGGAUGUGUCCAAUGUGUUUGAACCUAUUGUUUUGGAAAUAGCAUCCAGGUCAAAACAGCGCGUUCUCAAAAAUGGCUGCAGUGGGAGAAAGGAUUUGCAAAAAUUUGCUUUUGUUCUAAGCAAAGUUAUUUCUACCAGCUUAGAGUUGCGGAGGUUUGCCGUAGGGUUUCUGAGGCAGCAUAAACCGUUCAGCCACAAUGUAUCUGAGAGUACAGAGCCUGUCCAGAAAAAAGCCAGGCACCGUCAGGUAUGCUCUGAUUGAGAGUCUUAUGCAGCUAGUGGUGUGAAAAAUCUCCUCUUUUCAACUAGUGUAGUUGUAUCAGAAAGUAGUUUGCUGUAUAAAAAGUUUGAUUUCCCUCAUGUUGUUAACUGUUAACCCUGUUAGCCUUUGAGUGUGUGCCUUUUGAGAUAGUACCAUAUUAAAAAAAAAUUAGGUCUUGAAAAGUUGUUAAUGUCCAUAACUGACCAUCAAAAUUGUCUAU